UAGGGGUGGUUUGUCCCAUGUGACCUUGCAGUGUGAUCACCCAGGACCGGGAGAGAUGAAUGGAGCGGCGUGGGGGGCGGCCCUGGGGCUGCUCAGGACAUGUGGAGCGAUAAAAAGUUCCUGGUGCCGAACUGUACUUGUGAGUGCGCAGAGAUGUCAGAAUACCGCAAGUGAUGUCAACGCGGAGGAGGAAAGGGUCCCGAAACACAGCCUGUUUCCGCCUAUUCCUGGGGAGUCCAGCACUUUGCGAUGGGAUGGAAAAAAAUUUGAAGAGUUGCCAGUUGUCCAUAUAAAAGCCACAUACAAUAACACACAUCUUCAGAUCACAAGCUUUGACAACAAGUCUUUAGUGCGUACAUCGUGUGGUACAGAAGGCUUCAGAAAUGCCAGGAAAAGCUCUUCAGUAGCAGCCCAAACAGCUGGGAUGGCAGCAGCAACUAAAGCUGUGGAUAAAGGUCUUUCCUUUGUGAGAGUUGUAGUGAAAGGCAUGGGACCUGGAAGAACACAUGCCAUCAAAGGGUUAACAAUGGGAGGACUGGAAGUGGUAUCCCUUACCGAUAAUACACCCAUCCCACACAAUGGCUGCCGCCCACGGAAACCUCGGAGACUGUAAACGAGAAUGCUCUAGGAGCGCUGAAACACAGCAGCCCGUGCCGUUCCAGCAGAACAGUGAAUGGAAGAAGCCGCUCACUUCGGCUGCACGGUGUCGGGGUCGUGAAGUAUUUCCUUUUAUGACGGGGUUUUUUCUUUUUCUUUUUUUUUUUUU